UUUCUAAUAAAGUGUUGAAUGAGUUGUGAAAGCAAUGAAUGAAUGCAUUGAUUGAGUCGUGAAUUGCGUUCAAAAAACUGUCGAAAGAAAUAGUCGUUUGAGAUAUUGUUUAGUGAAGACAACACAUCCCACAAGACAUCGGACAACACAUCCCAACACUUAUUAAGACAAAGAGUGGACACAAAUGGACAACAAAUACAAUAUUUUGCACACAUUUGAGCAAAAACUGAAGGAAAGCAUCGAAAACAGCAAAACACAAGACAGUGUCAUCAAUGGUCUGAGGAAUGCGUUAAACGAAUCGCUGAACGAAAGACAACGUGUCAUCAAUGGUCUGAGGAAUGCGUUAAACGAAUCGCUGAACGAAAGACAACGGUUGGAGGCGUUGGCGGAGAAGGAGUCGGAAAAGUGUCACCAUUUGAACGAUUUGUUGACCAAACGGCAGAUCGAGUCGAAGAUUGCGAUCGAAACGCAAACCAUUGAAUGGCGCGAAGAGAAGGCACUUCUGGACAAUCAGAUGAAACGAUUGACGGAUCAGAUGAGUGACGCCAAACACAACGCCUGUCAGCUGCAGAACAAGUGCUCACAAUUGCAACAAUCGUUGGCCGCAAAGGACUCGGAGGUUGAGAAACAAAGCGCUUUCAAAACAACCAUUGGCUCAGAGAUCAGACAAUUACACGAAACCAUUGGUACUCUUCGGCAAGAGUUCAGCGCUUUGACCAAAACUCACGGCGAACUCAAGAAUUUGAUUCAAAUGGAAAAUGACAUGAAUUGCGGUCUAAAGAGACAAUUGAAAGAACAAUACGAAGAGUUGGUGUCCGUUAAGAACGAGAAGUGUUUACUCGAAACACAAUUGUCUGAAUUUAAGACAAAACUCAACGCCAAUAGUGGUCUCCUGUAUGAGAAAGACUUGCAAUCAUUGCGUUUGAAUCAAACCAAUGAAAUGUGUGUCAGGAAUUACAAUUACAAUGAGAUUCUUAUCCAUUUUGAAGCCACAGAUCAGUAA